CGGGCCCGCGCUCGCCGAGGUAGAGGGUCUGGGGAGCGUGGCCCCAGGGGCGGGCGGCCGGGUGCGGUGAGGAAGCAAGGGUGAGCGAGGAAAACACAAGGAAGGAGGGGAAGUGCGGACGGCUGUGAGGUGCCAUCAGCUGCAGGUUUAGGCGCCGCGCGGGUCUGGUCCGGAGAUCAAGCCCGGCCGAUCCUUCUCGGAAGGAAGAAAAUAUUCCUUGGAGUGUGGGAGGCGCGUGUGCUUGGGGUCCGAAAUUGAGGUGCGUGGGAGUAUAUAGAAUUUAAGCAUUCUCUCAGAAGUGUCUGGUAGAGCUAAAGAAGACAACCAACCAAGGGUCAUCUGAAAUUGUGAUUGGCCAAUAAUCCCAGGACAAAGUUAGAGAUCACUACUCAAGCAUAAGGCCUCUACAAAGAUGUUUGAUAUAAAGGCUUGGGCUGAGUAUGUUGUGGAAUGGGCUGCAAAGGACCCAUAUGGCUUCCUUACAACAGUUAUUCUGGCCCUAACUCCAUUGUUUCUAGCAAGUGCUGUACUGUCUUGGAAAUUGGCCAAGAUGAUUGAGGCCAGGGAAAAGGAGCAAAAGAAGAAACAAAAACGUCAAGAAAAUAUUGCAAAAGCUAAACGACUAAAAAAGGAUUGAAGGAAUGAACAGGCUCUGCAACCAGAGGAAAAUCAUCUGGAAAAUUAUGCAGCUUUGGAAGGACCCAUUAAGGUUUCUUUUCAGAUCUUAUGACAGUAUUAUUUAGUAAACGAAGUCUGAGCAUGUGGAAGAAUCAUGUUAGUUCUCACCUGUAUUAUAGCAACUUUUAGGCUUCGGUGUAGAAGUCUGUUGACAGUUACUGUAAAUUGGCAUUUAUUGUGCUACAGAUUCUUUAUAACUGACUUAGUCAUUUGCCUUUUUGCAGCAUAUGUACUAAAGUGAAAACAUCCUGUGGAGAAAAAUUGCUUUAGAUUAUGGACUCUAUUCAAAUAAUGGCUUAAAAUGGGGUCCUGUUCUGGACAAAGGAGAUUAAGAAUGUAAAAAUCAGAAUUGUCCUGAGGUGGAAAGCAUGCUUUGGCUUAAAAGAGAUACAGUGUAUUAAUCACAUCUUUUAUCAUUAUUACUUAUUUCUUGAAAUAGAAUCAUUUCUGGCUUCUUCAAAGCAAAG